AUGCCUCGAAUCCAUACAUUAUCUGAUAUAGGUGAAGGCAAAAAACUUGGAGACAUACCAUCAAAUCAAUAUCCGCCUAAUAAAGACAAUAAGCGUAUACAACGCGAUUUAAAACAAUCCAAUAAAGAUAAAGAGAAACUCUCCAAGCAUACCUACCAGCUUGUAAAUGAGGUUAAGCGAUUGAGCUCAGAGUUAGAUACUUUAACAUCUCAAAUUAACCAAUUACAGAUUUCCAAUACUAAAUAUGGGGCCAAGGAUAUCAUUCGAUUGAAAAAAAUAAAAUCACUCCAGUCAAUGAACAAAAUAUUAAAUAGUAAGUUAGCGUCAGCUCAGAAAGAUGCAUUCUCAAUUCAGGAAAACUUAUCGAAAACGGAAUCUGAGAAUCUAUCCCUUAAAUCCAAAAUAGCUGAAGUGGAACGGGAGUUAGCUUCAACAGUUAGUGAUCUUGAGCGUCUGAAAUCGGAGGAUAUAUCAGAAUCUAUUGUUGGUGGAACUGAUGAAAAAAAUAUAUUGAGUCCUAAUAAUAUCUCUGUGGGUAGUAAUAUCAGUAAAUAUUUUAUACGCAGAAAAAAUGUGGAUGAGGCCCAAAAAAUUGAUACUGAGAAUAGCUGUGAAACAGUUGCCACCAGUAAUACCAAGAUAAGUGACUCACGGAGUGAGGAUGGUAAAACAUCUAAAACUAGCGUUAGUGAAACUAGUAAAGAUAUAUCUCCAACCCAUGAGAUAAAGAAUAUGACACCAUACCUUGCUCAACAGGAAAAUAGUACUAUCUCUCUGAAUGGAACCUGUCCUCAGAUUUCGAUGGGAGAUGUGGAAGUGAUGAGACCUGGUGCAUUGGGAUCACCAUUAAUUGCAUUACUUUUACUUUCUUUGUUAAUUAUCGUUACUAUAUGGAUUACGUUUAUUAGACCUAUAUGGAAUAAGAAUUCAAAAACAAAAAUACCUCCUAUGAAACUAUUCCUUAUGGAUAUAGAUGAAGCUAAUAAACAUGAAUCAAUUCGAAAUGUUGGACAUCCAGCAAUGUCAUGGCCUUUCAGUAAGGUAGUUAGUGGUAAGA